AAUUUGUUUUGCAGAUGUACCUCUCCCCGCCGUAAGGUGGCAGUCAUGCGCUGCUUGAGUUAUGUUCAGUCACGUCUGAAGGGACAUCGAAGAAGAGGAACCCCGUAUCAAAAUCGCCUUUUAAAUAUUUGGAGUCGUUGCUCUGGAAAAAGUUUUGAUACAAAACGUUAUUGAAGCUUUUAUUUUGUUAGCUUAUAUCUAUUUUAAUUCACAUUUAAUGCCAAAACUCAAAAGAUGAGUUAGUCGUCGCCAGCAAUCUCUUUGAUAAACAUUUUUAACUGAACGUCUCGACGUGUCAACAGCAGCAGAGAUGCUCUCGGAGGCUAACGAUGGAUCUGCAUGUUAACGCGGCGCGUUCGGCUGCUGGAGCUGUCACGCCGCUGCAUGUCGACCCCUUCCUGUUUGAAAUUUCCUCCCACGUUGCCCCGUUGGACACGUAGCUGUUAUCAGGACCGAGGGACUCGCUGUGUCUGCUGCCAUGUCCAGAACCACUCGUCGAUACAAGGCUCUGCAGCAGAGUAACGGGGGCGGCUCACUUCCCGGCUGCGACCGAGUUCGACAGCCUCGAGCCCGGGUGCUGCUGCUCUGCCUGCUCGGUGUUCUGGUGCUGUCCCUGGUGCUGGGGUUCUACCUGUCCAGUGUCGCUGACAUCAGCAGCGGGGGUCAUGUACCACUGACAGAUCUAACCAAGGACCGGCUGUCACACAAGCCCACUAAGUGCCAUCCAGCUCAAAUCCGCCAUCUGGCCUCUCGGGUGGACGGCACACGCUUGUGGGAGACUCAUCUGCAUCCGAUCCUGAUAGAGCGGCUUCCAGGGACACAAGGCAGUUUGGCUGUGCAGCAGCACAUCACCUCCUCCCUGUCUUCACUGUCUGCUGGCUGGUCAGUAGAGCUGGACUCCUUCCAGUCCCCGACCCCUCGUGGCCAGGUCACUUUUACCAACAUCGUUGCAACUCUGGAUCCCGUGGUUCCACGGAAACUCCUCCUGGCCUGCCACUAUGACUCCAAGGUUUUGCCCCGAGACCCACGGGCCCCCGAGAGAGCCUUUCUUGGGGCGAGCGACUCUGCAGUGCCGUGUGCCAUGAUCCUGGAGCUUGCCACCUCUUUGGAUGCACAGCUUAAAUUGUUUAAACAGCAGAAACCUCCAGUCACUCUUCAGCUGGUGUUCUUUGAUGGCGAGGAGGCAUUCGAGGAAUGGACCGACACAGACUCGCUGUACGGCUCUCGUCACCUGGCCGAGCUCAUGGCGAACAGCGCUCACCCUGCUGCCUCUGUUCACGCCACCAUGCUGCAGGCUGUGGACCUGUUUGUGCUGCUUGACCUGCUCGGUGGUCCUGAUCCGUUGAUAGCGAAUCACUUUGACAACACGGCACGCUGGUUUGAUCGGCUGAUUGCUGCAGAGAAGAGGCUCCAUCGCCAGGGUCUCCUGAAGUCUCACCCAUCAGAGCAGACCUACUUCAGAAAGGAUGUGUACCUCGGACCUGUGCAGGACGACCACAUCCCCUUCCUUCACAGAGGUGUUCCUGUGCUUCACAUCAUCCCAACUCCCUUUCCUCAGUUCUGGCACACGCUGGACGACACCGAGGAGAACAUGCACAGGCCCACUGUGGAGAACCUCACCAAGAUCAUGGCUGUGUUUGUGGCAGAGUACCUAGGCUUGGCAACAUAAAGCACUCAGACAUAUGAAGGAAGAAGCUGUGACUUCUAUUUAAAAAAAAUGAAAAGCUAAAAUAGAUUGUUCUCAAUCUAGUGGAUGAGUUUGAACUCACUGAUAUGUGAAGUGGACAGAGUCUUAAUUGAUUAUGUUUUUCCUUUGAGGAGGAAAAACAAGCCUUAUUAGCUUUUUUCCCCCCCUAAUCGAAUAAAAAUGCACUUUUACAGGCAGCUGCGCUCGGCAGAUGUCUCUAACCUGACAAAAGUGAACAGCAGCAGCUCACAUUUGUGAAUAAUUUAACUGAUCUUGCUUUCAGGUGAGUGAAAAUCCUGGUCACGGGGGCUGCUUUCUGUGCGACUACAACUUCAAAGAUAUUAUUAGAAAUACAAUGUGAUGAUUUACAAUUUAUCAAAGAGAAAAAAAUCUAGUUUAUUCAUUCCUGUGAGGUCAAAAACACUGAAAAUUGCUGUUACUACACAUACAACCUACGGGUACAGAAUGUGUUAGUUAAUAUCCAAAGGCAGUUGUGAUGCCAUUUGUGAAUACAAGUGGAGGGAGGACCGGUAAUGUUUAAUCCAAUUGAUGCUUUUAUAUCAUGUCUUUGUGUAUGUCAUGAAUAAUUGUUUGUUUUGUCAAAUUUUGGUAUUAAAACAAAAAAUGAUGGAAAUCUCAGCUGAGAAAGGAGUUAAAAUCUGGAGUGGUCUCCAUGUGUUUCUUGCGAGAAAAAAGGUGGGUGACAAAGGGGUGGAGGGGUGUGGUGGUGCAACUGGGGUCUUGAGUUGUCUUGAGCUGACUCGUCAGAAAACAGGUGGAUUUGUCGUGGAGGUCCAGGAGAACAUCUUUCUGGUAAACUGCAAUUAAAGACAUUUAUAACAAGGAUUUUAGUUCAUUCUGCAGUUUAUCCACAAGAUGGCGCUGGUGUUUCUGAUUGUGUGACGUUUAAUUCAAGCCAUUACAAAA